UUUUUUGUUUUUUCCUUUUUCUCCAACACCAAUGGCUGGCUGGGGAGCGGACGCGGCCCCUCCGCCCGGGAUGCGCGCGGGGACCCCCGCCGGGACCCCGGGGCCGCUGGCUGGCGUGCUGUGACGGGCUCGCCCCGGGGAGGGGACAGGUCACCUGCACCACCCGGACUGGGUGUCACUGCGUCCUGGAUAUGACUGAGCCUCUUCAAUGGGCCAGAUACCACUGGCAGCAGCUGGCGGGUGGGAGAAGGCGGGGUGAAGAUGAGAGGCCGUACGACUACUCCUCGCUGCUGGCCUGCGGGGGCAAGUCCUCCCAGACCCCCAAGCUGGCAGGCAAGCACCGAGUUGUUAUUCCCCACCUGCAGCGCUUCAAGGAGGAGUAUGAGAGGUUCUCUGGAACCUACGUGAAUAAUCGAAUACGGACAACAAAAUACACACUUCUGAAUUUUGUGCCGAGAAAUUUGUUUGAACAGUUUCACAGAGCUGCCAAUCUGUACUUCCUGUUCCUAGUUGUGUUGAACUGGGUGCCUUUGGUAGAAGCCUUCCAAAAGGAAAUCACGAUGCUGCCCCUGGCGGUGGUCCUCACAAUCAUUGCAGUUAAAGAUGGCUUGGAAGAUUACCGAAAAUACAAAAUUGACAAGCAGAUCAACAACUUAAUCACUAAAGUUUACAGUAGGAAAGAGAAAAAAUACAUUGACCUUUGCUGGAAAGACGUCACUGUGGGAGACUUGAUUCGCCUGUCCUGUAACGAGAUCAUCCCUGCAGACAUGGUGCUCCUCUCUUCCACUGAUCCAGACGGGGUCUGCCACAUCGAGACUUCCAGCCUGGAUGGGGAGAGCAACUUAAAGCAGAGGCAGGUGGUCCGGGGAUAUGCAGAGCAGGACCCUGAUGUCGAUCCUGAGACGUUUUCGAGUAGGAUAGAGUGUGAAAGUCCAAAUAAUGACCUCAACAGAUUCCGAGGCUUCCUAGAACAUCCCAACAAAGACCGCGUGGGCCUCAGCAAGGAGAAUUUAUUGCUCCGAGGAUGCACCAUUAGGAACACGGAGGCCGUUGUGGGCAUCGUGGUUUAUGCAGGCCAUGAGACCAAAGCGAUGCUGAACAACAGCGGGCCGCGGUACAAGCGCAGCAAGUUAGAGAGACGAGCAAACACGGAUGUGCUGUGGUGUGUUCUCCUUCUUGUCGUGAUGUGUCUGACAGGCGCACUGGGUCAUGGAAUCUGGUUGAACAGAUAUGAAAACAUUCUCUUUUUUAAUAUCCCUGAGCCCGAUGGACAUGUUAUAUCGCCAGUGUUAGCAGGAUUCUACAUGUUUUGGACCAUGAUCAUUUUGUUGCAGGUCUUGAUUCCCAUCUCCCUCUAUGUAUCCAUUGAAAUUGUGAAGCUUGGACAGAUAUAUUUCAUUCAGAGUGAUGUGGAUUUCUACAAUGAAAAACUCGAUUCCACUGUUGAGUGCCGAGCCCUGAACAUCACUGAGGAUCUCGGGCAGAUUCAGUACCUCUUUUCUGAUAAGACAGGAACCCUCACUGAGAAUAAGAUGGUUUUUCGCAGGUGUAGCGUGGCCGGAUUUGAUUACUGCCAUGAAGAAAAUGCCAAGAGGCUCGAGUCCUACCAGGACGCUCUCUCCGAAGAUGAAGACGGGGCAGACACUCUCAGUGGCUCCCUUAGCAACAUGGCGAAACCGAGAGCCCGCGGCUGCAGGACCGCUCACGCCGGGCCUUCGGGAAGCAAGUCCUCGGCUCCUCUUUCGGGAAGCGCUUUCGCUGUGGGAAACGGAGAAGGAGCCAGCGAAGUGCCUCAUUGCAGACAGGCUGCUUUCAGUAGCCCCAUUGAAACUGAUGUGGUACCAGAUACCAGGCUGUUGAACAAAUUCAGUCAGAUCACCCCUCAGCUCUUUACCCCACUGGAUGGGACCUUCCAGAAUCCACCCCAAGAGACUUUGUAUAUCAUGGACUUCUUCGUGGCACUGGCGAUUUGCAACACCGUGGUGGUUUCUGCUCCCAACCAACCUCGGCAAAAGAUCGGCCUCUCUUCACUGAACGGAAUGCCCACUAAGUCCUUGGAAGAGAUCAAAAGCCUCUUCCAGAGACUCUCUGUCCGGAGGUCAAGCUCGCCAUCCCUCGCCGGUGGGAAGGAGCCGACUUCUGGGGUCCCCUGUGCCUUCGUGAGCAGACUCCCCCUCUUUGGCCGAAUGAAACUGUCUUCUGCUAUGGAGGAAGAGUCCUCUCGGAUGAGCGAGAGCGCCCAGGCUGGCCAGGCAGCUUGCUGCGUGGACGUGGAGGAAGAGGACCGCGGCGCGGGGCGCCCCCUCGUCCGGGAAGACCGCGGGGCUGCGCCGCGCUCCGGCCUGUGUUACGAAGCGGAGAGCCCCGACGAAGCGGCCCUGGUCCACGCCGCCAGGGCUUACCAGUGCGCGCUGCGGUCGCGGACGCCCGGGCAGCUCGUGGUGGACUUCGCUGCCCUGGGGCCAUUAACGUUCCAAGUCCUGCACAUCCUGCCCUUCGACUCGGUGCGGAAGAGGAUGUCCGUGGUGGUCCGGCAUCCCCUGUCCCGGCAAGUCGAGGUGUACACGAAGGGAGCCGACUCGGUCAUCAUGGAGAUCCUCUCUGGCGCUUCCCCAGACGGAACAGAGCUGGAAAAACAGCAGAUAACAAUCAGGAAGAAAACCCAGAAACACCUGGACGAGUAUGCCAAGCAGGGACUGCGCACUUUAUGCAUCGCGAAGAAGGUCAUGAGCGACGCUGAAUACGCGGAGUGGCUGAGGAGUCAUUUCUUAGCCGAAACCAGCAUUGACAACAGGGAAGAAUUGCUACUUGAAUCGGCCACGAGGCUGGAGAACAAACUCACGUUACUUGGUGCUACUGGCAUUGAAGACCGUCUUCAGGAGGGUGUCCCUGAGUCUAUAGAAGCCCUUCACAAAGCUGGUAUCAAGAUCUGGAUGCUGACAGGGGACAAGCAGGAGACAGCUGUCAACAUAGCUUAUGCAUGCAAACUUCUGGAGCCAGAAGACAAGCUGUUUAUUCUGAAUACCCAGACUAAAGAAGCCUGCGAGGUACUGAUAAGCACCAUUCUAAAAGACCUUCAGGAGAAAACCCUGACCCCUCCAGAGCAGACGUCAUGCAGAAAGGGUCGUCCUCAGCCCCCAGACACCCAGGACUUGGGACCACGUGCUGGACUGGUCAUCACUGGAAAGACCCUGGAGUUUGUCCUGCGGGAGGAUCUGCAAAGACAGUUCCUGGAGCUGAGUGCCCGGUGCCAAGCAGUGGUGUGCUGCAGAGCCACGCCCCUGCAGAAAAGCGAGGUGGUGAAAUUAGUUCGGAACCAUCUCCACGUGAUGACCCUGGCCAUUGGUGAUGGCGCCAAUGAUGUAAGCAUGAUACAGGUGGCUGAUGUUGGGAUAGGGGUCUCCGGUCAGGAAGGCAUGCAGGCUGUGAUGGCCAGUGACUUCGCCAUUUCUCAGUUCAGACACCUGAGCAAGCUCCUUCUCGUCCACGGACACUGGUGUUACACGCGGCUCUCCAACAUGAUUCUCUAUUUCUUCUACAAGAAUGUGGCUUAUGUGAACCUCCUUUUCUGGUACCAGUUCUUCUGUGGGUUUUCAGGAACCUCUAUGACUGACUACUGGGUUUUGAUCUUUUUCAACCUCCUCUUCACGUCUGCUCCGCCCGUCAUCUAUGGCGUGUUGGAGAAAGACGUGUCCGCCGAGACCCUCCUGCAGCUGCCGCAGCUCUACCGGAGCGGCCAGCAGUCACAGGCAUAUUUACCUCUCACCUUCUGGAUCACCUUGCUGGAUGCCUUCUAUCAAAGCUUGGUCUGUUUCUUUGUGCCUUACUUUACGUACCAGGGCUCAGACAUCGACAUCUUCACGUUUGGGAACCCCCUGAACACGGCCGCUCUGUUCAUCAUCCUCCUCCACCUCGUCAUCGAAAGCAAGAGCUUGACUUGGAUCCACACGCUGGUCAUCAUUGGCAGCAUCUUGUCCUACUUCCUCUUUGCCUUGGCCUUCGGCGCCAUGUGUGUGACUUGCAACCCCCCCUCGAACCCCUACUGGAUCAUGCAGGAGCACGUGCUGGACCCCGUGUUCUACCUAGCCUGCGCGCUCACAACCUGCAUUGCUCUGCUGCCCAGGUUUUUAUACCGAGCUCUUCAGGGAUCCAUGUUCCCAUCCCCAAUUCUGAGAGCUCAGCACUUUGACAGACUGGCUCCCGAGGAGAGGGCGGAGGCUCUCAAGAAGUGGAGAGGGGCCGCAAGGAUGGGUCCCGUGACAUCUAAGUGUGCCAAGCAAUCGACUGAGUCAGGAAGAAGCCCCGCGUCUGGUCCUGCAGACUUCGGACUGAAGUCAGCAACUUCUUGUGCUGUUGAGCAAGACAGCUCAUCUACAUGUGAAACUGCAUUUGACCAAGACCACUGUGCACCUGAGGCCUCCGAGAUGGCAGGACCCUCCACGAGUUAAAAGAGCAAGAGCCCGUCUUUGCUGUGGCGUGUUGUCGUCCAGGCUUGGGAGAAAGAUAUGAACAAGCUCUUCCACACAGCCAGCGCUUGACCCUGACUGUAUGGCUGGAUGUGCAUGUGAGAGAGGGACGGAGGGUGAGCUGGGCAGUUUAGGGAAGUGAAAUAUCUGAUUCAAGAGUAGAUUUUUUUUUUUUAUGAAACUUUAGAUUUUUGUAAAGGUAUUUUAGUUGUCUUAGAAAGGUAUAUGUUAUCAAGGGGAUUUGUUUGAGAUAUAUUUAUUUUAUAGGUAGUUUUCAUGCCUUUUGAAAAUGCUUUAAGUGAAAUCCAAUCUGAAUUUUCUUUAAGAAAAAUAAGUACUGUUUAAAUUGACUCAUUGGAACUUAGAGAUUUUUAUAUAAAAAAUGUUCAAAUAUACUUAAUGCACAGGUAUAUCCCCAGUAGCUUUUUUUCCCCCAUUGGAAGAGGUCUUUAGUCAUCUGACUGAAGGUGCCCAGCAUAGCUGUCUGCAAGAGUGCAGCCUCUGUAGGAAGGAGAAGGAAGGUCCUGUGUCCCAACAGCCCCAGGCACGUGUUCCCCUCUCACUUCUGGUCAGGGGAUGACUGCUGAGUUUACUGGGUACAGAUAUGGACUAUGGGAAAAGAAGUCAUAAGUCAGGUGGUCAUAAACAGCUGCACCCACAGCUCACUUCCUGUAUUCCUUAGCAACUUCCUGUAUUCUAAAACUGACAAUGCCCCCAUCAAAAUGAGACAAUCCACAUCCACUGAUUUUCCAGAAGGCCUCUGCUGGAAUGUUACAGUGUUUUACAGUACCUCUUAUAUCCUGGUCUCUGCAAAAUGAGAUACGGAUUAAGACCCACACAGUUCAUUCUCAGGGAGUUGCCCGGAGGGUCUUAGAAAAACUGUGAUCGUUUAACAUAUUUGAGGACGGAAAUGUGAACUCAAGUUUACUGCUGUGAUAAAUCGUGUAUGCUGGCUUUGUUUGGUACCAAGAAGCUGAUUCAUACCUGGUAUGACCAGGUGCUAGAUUCUUGUUGAAGUCUGUUAAAAAUUCCAUAUUCGUCUGAAAGUCGUCCUUCACCAAUCAUCUGGAAUUUCUCUCAUAAAUUUCUAUGCUGAUGUUCAAUGUCUGGAUCUGGUUAAUAACCAUUAAACAAUUAUUCUCAGGGCUUAAUCUUGGCUUGCUACCUGCAUUCCGGUCUAACACUUAUUUUUUUCUGUUAUUAUUGUAAAUAAUUUUCUUCUGCUAUUAUUAUAAGUUUAUUUUUUAUGGUCUGGCUUCUAGAAAUUUCAAAAUCUCACAUGAAUAUUGGAAGUUGCUUUUGGCUUCCUUAGUUUUUUUAAAUAAACUAUUUAAUAAAUAA